AUGGUUCACACACGUCGCCAGUCCUCGAGGCUGCGAAGCACCCCGCAGCGCCUUGGCAGGGCCGUUGUUUCAGAGGAUGUAGCCUCGCCCACGGUUGCUGCAACCCCCAACAUGCCUUCGCUCGAGAAGGUCGACGAGCAGCCCGAGGCUGCGAAUCCCGAGCAAGUCGCUACUCCCAAGACUUCUUCUGAUCAAGCAGUGUCGAAUGUACCCAAGAUCGCUGUCCACACUCCGACCAGCAAGACGCAGAUUCAGCCCAGCGGCAUCGAGAUGCAUCCGGCCCACCAUCAUCUCAGCACGGCCAAGCCUUUGGACGAGGCGCGAUGGCUCGGAUUCCUCGACAUGGGCGCCGCCACAGAGCCGGUCAAGAAGGGCGCAAGCAAAAUCCCAAUCACACAGGCGACCCCCACGAAGUCUCAACAGACGACGGCCACUACAACCUUCUCAACGCCCGAGUUCAAGUUCCGUUUCCGACGUCCCUCGCUCGAUCUUAGUCCCGAGGCGAAGAAACUGAUGGAAGAGAGCAGGAAGGAGGCGGAGAAGAUUCGGGCCCAGAUGUCUUCCAACCCGGAGAGAUUCGGGAUCGAAAGGAAUGAGGACAUUGCCCGCAGGAUCGCAACGCCGACGAGCAAGACCAGCCGCUUCAGCGCUGCUCACAUGGCUGAGUUCAAGAAAAUGGACUCUAUUGCCAACCAUCCAUCGGCCUUGCGCGCCAACCGCGACCGCCUUCAACCUGCCGCCACCGCUUUCAAGCGCUCACCCUCCAAGGCUGAGCUGGACAAGCAGGAGAAGACGGACAGCAAGAUGCCGCGCACGAAAUCUGCCAUGGACCUUCGCAAGGCAGACUGCGACGGUAACACCAGCCCGGCCAAGCGAGUCAAGCAAAGCAAGGAAGAUGACGCGUCUGCAGCUCGCCAUGUCUUGGAGAAUGGCGAGGGCUCGAAACCGGCCACGCAAAAGAGUGCCACCGCUGUCCGCGGCCCCCCUCGCUCCUUGUUCCACCUGACGACUCCGACCAAGGCCUCUCUCGCUCGUUCACAGAGCGUAAAGACUCUGAAGAAGACAUCGUACAUCCCCACAUUGGCUCGGUCUCCCUCUGCACAGGCCCUCAGGACUCCCUCUAAGCCGCCGGCGUCCUUGAUGGACAACCUUCGCAAAGCGAGCCAGAGCGUGUCACGUCUGCCUUCUGUGAAAUCGAUUCUUCGCAGCCCCGUUCGGCACUACUCCCAGGAUCCGGUCCAGAUCGCUGCCGGAACGCACAUGACGUCUCCGCCCAACCUGAGCAAGGACCUGCCGGACGUUCCGGCGACUGCACCCGUCCAAAAGCACGUCGUUUUCAGCGAGAGCACACUUGCGAAGAACGGGGAGGACAAAGAGGUUCGGGCAUCGUCGGAGGUUCCGCAGGACGCAUCUUCCGAAGUCAAGUACCCGGAGUUGCCAGAAUCUUCCGAAGUCAAGUACCCGGAAUUGCCAGCGGCUUCGCCGGCUCACCGUGGUCCGAAGGGCCCAGGUGACUUCACCUUCCGCUCUGACAGGACCAUCAAGUUCGGUUCUGGAGUCAAGGGACCUACGAUUCGUCAUGUCCGAAGCAGCGAUGCUUCAUCCUCUCUGCCCGAUCCCUUCACAUCUUCUGCCAAGAAACGCAAGGUGGACGUACCAAGCGCGAUCACGGAGAGCGAGAAGGAAAACGAGGAAGAGGAUGGAAGCCGUCCGGUCAAGCGGGCCAAGAUGUCGACCAAAGCUACGCCGAAGAAGGCUGAGGCCAUCAGCAAGACGCCGCGGCGCAGAGAGGCAGGCCGAGGAGCCCUCAGCCAGGCAAGGCUGAACCUCCUGGCCCAGCCCAAGCGCAGAGUCAUUUUGGGCAGCUUCUUUGAUCAAUGUGGCUUGUUGAUGAACGUGGAGGAAGAGAACACACUGGCUUUGCGAGCGGCAAAGGUUGCUCGGCGACAUGUCAGGCACGGUCGGAAGUCCGGUUGGAGAUUCUGGCGCUGCACGGGUGCUGCGCCCUCUCCCCCCGCUGUCCUCGAGACCGUCGCAACCGUGGCGUCGCAACUGCUGUCCCGCGUAACCCAGGCCAUCCAACAGCGCGAUCCUGCUGCCCCCAAGCCCCGUGUCCUGGACAACGUGCAGCGAGCCUUACACGACUUCGUCCGCACCUACAAUCUGCCCUUCUCGAGCCUGCUCCACGACCCCGCCCCCUCACCACCCGCGAGCCCGCUCGACUACUUCGCCGCCGCCGCCCGUCGAUACACGGCCGAUCCCACAUCGCUGCUUGUGCUGCUUGCGACGCUCUUUGCAGGGAUACUGAUUGGCUUGUUUGGCUUGAAGAGAAUGUCGUGGGGUUCACGCUUCGGCUCUUGGGGUGGCCGCUUCAGUCCCUUCGGCCGUGGCGACCCUGCCAGCACUACCGUGUCCGAUGCCGACUUCAGCUACAUCACCAGCGAAGACCUGGCGAACCAGAAGAACCAGGCCGCGACUGACGGCGCCAACCACACCACUUCUUCGCCCGCGCCCUCGGGCCGCAGCAAUGCCAACGGCGAGACCGACAUCCUGGUGCUGAAGCACAAGCGCGUCAGCUACCCCGUGCACUUCGCCCGCGGCGCCAUCGAUGCCGGCGAGCUGAGCGUCCGCUCCAUCCGCGAUGCCGCCGCGCGCAAAAUGGACGUCGACGACCCCCGCCGCAUCAAGCUGUUCUUCAAGGGCCGCCAGCUGAAGGACGACCAGCAGGCGCGCGCCGUGGGCCUGCGCUCCGACUACGAGAGCGAGAUCAUGUGUGUCGUCGGCGAGGGCGUGCCUUCGGGCUCCUCGUCCAAGGCCGACGGCGGCUCGUACGCGCACCGCGGGGACGACGUGAACGGCGCCGACUCGGGCAGCGAGAGCAGCGACAACGGCGGCGACUCGACGCCCGGCGGCGGGCCGCGGUCCAAGAAGAGCAAGGGCAAGCGCCGCCGCGGCGGCAAGAAGCACAGCGGCAAGAAGGGAGGCCGCAGCGAAAGCGGCACGCCCGAGCCCGGCCUCGCCUACGUCGGCGGCGGCGCCAAACCCGAGUUCCUGGGCGUGCCGACGACGUCGGCGGUGCCGCCGCGUCCGUCCAGCUCGUCGUCGAACGGCCGGCCCGCGCCGCCGCAGAAGCUGCCGCAGACGCCGCUGGACAAGCUCCAAGAGCUGUCGAGCAAGUUCCACACCACGCUCGUGCCCAUGUGCGUGCAGUUCAUGAGCAACCCGCCGCAGGAGACGGCCAAGCGCGAGUUCGAGCACAAGCGCUUGACCGAGACGGUCCUCGCUCAGGUGCUGCUGAAGCUGGAUGCCAUUGAGACGGGAGGCGAUGAGAAUAUAAGAGCCAAGCGCAAGGAGCUGGUCAAGGAAUGCAACAAUAUGCUCUCGAGGCUGGAUGAAGCUCUGAAGCAUUAG